UCUCUCUCUCUCUCUCUCUCUCUCUCCACUUGAUAUUGUACAGGGCACACGCUCUUGCCAAAUGGGGUUUCCUCCUUAUGCGUGAGCUGGUUUGGCAAUUGAAAGUUUGAAACGAGUCUUUCAUCCCCCAUCCCUUUCCUUUUCUUCUCUUCUUUCGUUCUUUCUGUGUCAAGUCUUUCAUUAUUGACUUUCCUUACUGAGUGACUCGGUUGAACUUGUGAAGAAAAUUCGGUGGUUUGGAUUAUUAAAUCUGUGGGUAUCGAGGAUGGAGACUAUUUCUGCAAAAGAACAUGGAAGCAACUUCAAUAAUCCCAUUUUCCAGCUGUCUCCGGUUACUUCUGUGCCUUGGUGGAGCGCUCUUGGAUCACAGCCGGUCUACCCUGCGACGUAUAAGGAGGACAACAGUACCGCUCAGUUCACUAUCUUUCCUGGUGAUGGCAAAGACUAUGUGAAGGCGCAAAAAGCUCAGCACCUUUCCUCAAUCUUAUCUCGGCAAUCAUCUCUGCCCGAGUACCAAGCUUCUGUUGAACUAGGACUUGCUCAACCGAUGGUGUGUACGAAUUAUCCCUAUAUAGAUCAAUGUUAUGGUGUGUUCACAACCUAUGGAGCUCAAACAGCGGGUCGCAUGUUAUUGCCAUUAAAUGUGACAACAGAUGAUGAACCUAUUUAUGUAAAUGCUAAGCAGUACCAUGGAAUCAUUAAGCGCAGGCAAUCUCGUGCAAAGGCUGAGUUGGAGAAUAAAGUGUUUAAAAAUCGGAAGCCUUAUCUACAUGAAUCACGCCAUCUCCAUGCACUGCGUCGAGCAAGGGGAUGCGGUGGCCGCUUCCUGAAGACAAAGAAUGGAAACAGUGGGAAGGUAGGGACUGACACUGGCAAAGCAGGUGAGGGGCAACUUUCAGAGUCUAAUGGUUCUCCAAGUUCAGACGCUCUACAGUCCGAGAGUGGCAAUUUAAAUUCAUCAAAGGAGGCAUCUGGUGGUUGUUCAAAUCUGUCAGGCUCAGAAGUGACUAGUGUGUACUCUGGAGAUCUCAAUCUGUUUCAGAUUGAUCAUCUGCGCCCAUCUACGUUCCACUCUCUUUCAAACAUCAUGGUAAGUGGGCAGGGUAUCAAUAUUUCCAAUAAGUGGGUUGCAGCAGAUGGCUGCUGUGACCUCCUCAAAAUUUGAAUGUGGGGAUGGCUUUGGGGUUGUGUAGGUUGUAGCUUCAGUUUGUUGGCAAAGCUCUAGAGCUAUGUAAAUCCUACGUAAGCAACCCCAUCCCUGCAGCAGCUAAAUGGAGCUCUGUUGCAGCGUUGUUUGUGGCUGUUGCAAUGGGCUCUUGUUGAGGGAUAGUCCCACCACCAUUUGGCUGUUUAAAAGGCAAAUCAUUCUUGGCUUAUCUGCAUUGAGGUUCUCCUGGUCACUCACAGUCUUACGGCUGUUGAUGGUGCUGGAGAUCUUAAUUGUAUUGUAUUAUAACAAAACUCCCUAUCAGUGUUUGGUCAGUUGGUGCACUAGACUUGAAAAUU